CUUUCUUCCAUAAAAGUCACAAAAUCUGACAGAGAUGAUCCCUACGGCUACAAAGCACGAGUAUAUAAGACGAAAAGCGGGCCGCCUUCUGUACCUGACCUCCAAGCGUUUGAAUAUCAAACACAUCCGACAUUCAAGAAUGAAGGCUGCCGUCGCUUUGCUGCUGUUCUGCCUGGUGGCUACCAGCCUCGCUAGCUUCUACUACCCACCUAAGAUCGCGAAGAUCCUCGUCAUUCCUAAAUACGGCUAUGGUAGCUAUGGAGGCUAUGGUGGCUAUGGAGGCUAUGGCGGCUAUGGAGGCUAUGGUGGUUACGGAGGAAUCGGAGGCUUUGGCGGCGGCUUCGGCGGCGGCAUCGGCGGCGGCAUCGGCGGCAUCGGCGGUAUUGGCCUCCUAGGCGGUGGUCUAGGUCUUGGCGGAGGCUUCGGAGGAUUCAGUGGUGGUCAUGGAGGCAAAUACUAUUGAUGUUACUGAUGGAUCACACAUUCGUGUCUCACACAAAGGUCGUGGAGCUUAAUGUUGAUGUCGACAUCAGCGAACAUUCAUAGUCACCGUACUAUAAUGCACUCUUGGCUACAUCAAUAAAGUUUCUUAAACGAA